GGCCACAUUAAAUUUGCUUCAUUCGCCGGUGUCAUUUUACUGAGUCAAGAUGAAGUAUUUAUUUCCUCUGCUGUUAUUAUUUGUGCUUGAAAUAUGUGAGGGGAGAGUGGCGCAGCAAACAGAAACGAUUGUUGUGCCUGAGAACAAUGAUGUGAAGGUAUUGCCUUUGAAGUUUGAAUGCAAGUUCCGGACAUUACAAGGCGGUGAUGCCUAUCCAUCGGUGGUGGUGCGUUGGCAUGGACAGAUCCAGAGGAUGACGUGGAAUUCUGCUGGUGAAGUGACGUAUGAACAGAAUUAUGUUUAUCCAGUUGCUUUCCAUGUCUACCCAUCUUCUGAUGGGCUUUCGGGAGGAUCUAGUUCUGCUCCAACUGAUCCAUUCUUCGAUGCGCCUGUGAUUUCUGAUGCUUACACCUUCGAUGAUAUUGUAGCGUCAUUCAAGAGUAACUGUGUCCGACCUUACUGAACAGUGUUUUUUGGGCAAUAAAUUAUAUCUGUUUGUUGUGAAUGAUU